GAAGCGGAAGUGCUGGCCAGUUUUUGUCUCGUUUCGCGCUCUUCCCUCCGUCCCAGAUAGGUUUUCUCACCUGUUGGUGUCGGGGCCCGGCGCUUAGUCCCCGCGGCUCCGGCUGUCCCGGAAUCGGGGCGCCUCCCCCGUCGUGCCCCGCGCCCAGACUUCCCGCGGCCGCCGCGCUUCCUCCGAGAGCUUCUGCCCGCUCCGGCCGCGCAGGUCUGGACCGUGACUCAGUCUCCGGUGGAGGCAGGGCGUUUUCUCCAUCAGCUGUGCACCUCUCUUCACAAGCUGCCACAGCGAACUGUGUCUUUUUUCCCAGAAGGAAAAGCAUUUACGCUGUUCUGGGAAACGGCCCCAGCGUCCUCUUUUCCUCCGAGAGAUGGCUAAAGAGUGAUGUUUGAAAAUUGAGGAAAAAAAUGUCUGUUGCUUAAUGAUUGAACUGUGAACCAGUUACCCAGACACUCUAGUAUAUGAAGAGAAGUCGAGGUCAACCUCUUAGUUUAAAUUCAAAAGCUUCUCUGAAGCAAUCUGCUGACCAAGAAGUGGAAUGUUCUGGGACAUCUCACUGUCAGUCAGAUUCACAGUAUGCCUGCCAUUGAUCUGACUCAUGUGUGUGGUCAUGUUUCUUGGGAUCCUUUCUGUCUUGACGAGAGGAAAAUCGAGGGGACAAGGAUGGUGGCUGGGUUACUGAUGGAUUCUUCUCAGCACUUAGUGACCUUCAAGGACGUGACCGUGGACUUCACCCAGGAGGAGUGGACUUUGUUGGAUCAAACGCAGAGAGAUCUCUACAGAGACGUGAUGUUGGAGAACUAUGAGAAUCUCAUUGCAGUAGGGUAUGAAUCAUGCACACCCAGUGUCUGCUCAGGGAUGGAAGGAGCAGAAGAGCUGAGGACAGGCACCAGGGGAGUUCUGCAGGAAUUGGAUUUGCAACUCAAAACCAAAGUUUCCACACCUCUUCAAGAUAUUUCUGUGGAAAAAACAUCAAAUGGAAUAAAACUGGAGAGAAGUAAUGUCGGAGUGAAACAAUAUGAACAAUAUGGCUCUAGCCUCUGUGGAAAAGUACUUAGUGAACAUUCAUUUCUUAUGACUCACAUUAGACAGAAAGCUUCUAAGGGUAACCAGAGUGGAAAAGCCUUUAAAAAGAACUUGAUUCAUACUUUCAAGGAAAUACAUGUUGGGGAGAAAACUUCUGAGUGUGUUCAACAUGAAAAAGCAUCUGGUCAGCUUUCAAAUCUUACUGGGCACAAGAAAACUCAGAUAGGAGGGAAAUUGUGUGAAUGCAAGGAUUGUCAGAGAACAUUUGUUAAUCAGUCAUCCCUUAAGGUACAUAUGAGACACCAUACUGGAGAAAAACCAUAUGAAUGUAAAGAAUGUGGGAAAGCCUUCACUCAUUCCUCAUACCUUACAGAUCACAUAAGAAUUCACAAUGGAAAAAAGUCCUACGUAUGUGUGGAAUGUGGGAAAGCCUUUACUCGAUCCUCGGGACUUAUUUUACACAUACGAAUUCACACUGGAGAAAAACCAUAUGAAUGCAAAGAGUGUGGAAAAGCCUUUAUUGAUUCCUCAUACCUUACAAAACAUGGACGAAUUCACAGUGGAGAGAAGCCAUAUCUAUGUAAGGAGUGUGGGAAAAGUUUUACCCGUUCCUCAGGACUUGUCUUACACAUAAGGACACAUACUGGAGAAAAACCUUCUAUAUGUAAGGAGUGUGGGAAAGCCUUUAAUAAUUCUUCAAUGCUCAGAAAACAUGUAAGGACGCACACUGGGGAGAAGCCAUAUGAAUGCAAGCAGUGUGGGAAAGCUUUCACUCAGUCAUCAGGCCUUACCGCACACUUAAGAACUCAUACUGGAGAGAAGGCGCAUGCAUGUAAAGAAUGUGGGAAAGCAUUUGCUCGUUCCACAAAUCUUAAUUUGCACAUGCGAACUCACACUGGAGAAAAGCCGUACAAGUGUAAAGAAUGUGAGAAAGCCUUUACAUACCCUACGUGCCUUAAUAUUCACAUGCGAACUCACACUGGAGAGAAACCAUACGAAUGUAAGAAAUGUGGAAAAACCUUCACUCAAUCUUCAGCACUCGCUAAACACCUAAGAACUAAGGCAUGUGAAAAAACCUGUGAAUGUUUCUCAGACCUUAGUAUUCACAUCUGGAACAUGGAUGGAGAAAAUACGGCUGCUGAGUUACAGAAAAAUACGACACAGGACUCAGUGGUCUUUGAAGAUGUGGCUGUGAACUUCACCCUGGAGGAGUGGGCUCUGCUGGAUGGUGCUCAGAAGAACCUCUACAGAGACGUGAUGCUGGAGAACUUCCAGAACCUGGCCUCGUUAGGGUAUCCACUACACACACCCUGUCUAAUCUUCCAGUGGAAACAAGAGGAGAACCUGGAGAUAGCAAAGAGAAGACCAAUCCAGGGGGAGCAGCAGGAAGGUUUUGAGACUCAGCUUAAAAGUAAUGAGUCAGUCACUUUGCAAGAUGUUUGUGGAGAAAAAAUAUCCAAUGAACAGAAAAUAGUGAAGUUCAAAAGGAAUGAUUCCUGGUCCAUUUUACACAAAAACUGGGAAUACCAUGGUAUUGAUUAUAAGAACAAAAACCACGAGAGACAUUUGAGACGUCAUCUGGUGGAGAACUUCUGUGACUAUAAUGAGGAAAAUCAGUAUGGACAAACCUUUGGCCAAAUUUCGAAUCUUAACACACUCAAGAGAACUACUGAAGUAAAAUCCUAUGAAUGCCAUGAGUGUAAAAAGGUCUUCAUGGAUCAUUUAUCCCUUAAGGAUCACAUCGGCUCUCACACUGGAAGCAAACCCUAUCAGUGUAAGCAAUGUGGGAAGGCUUUCCAUUUUUUCGCUUGUUUUAAGAAGCACAUGAAAACGCCCACUGACGAGAAACCCUACGAAUGUAAGGAAUGUACCAAAGCCUUUGGUUGUUCUUCAUUCUUUAGGGCACAUAUGAAGCUUCAUACCGGAAAGACAAACCAUGAAUGUAAGGAAUGUGGAAAAACCUUUAGCUGUUCUUCAUCCCUCACGGAACACAAAAGAAUUCAUAGUGGAGAUAAGCCAUACGAAUGUAAGGAAUGUAGGAAGGCCUUCAGUUGUUCGUCCUCGCUCUCCAAACACAAAAGAAUUCAUAGUGGAGAUAAGCCAUACGAAUGUAAGGAAUGUGGGAAGGCCUUUAGUUCUUCCUCUCACCUUAUAAUACAUAUAAGAAUUCAUACUGGAGAGAAGCCUUACGAAUGUAAAGAGUGUGGAAAGGCCUUCAGUGAGUCCUCAAAACUCACAGUACAUGUCAGAACACAUACAGGAGAGAAACCCUAUAAAUGUAAGGAAUGUGGGAAGGCUUACAAUUGUCCCUCCUCUUUGAGUAUCCAUAUGAGAAAACACACUGGAGAGAAACCCUAUGAAUGUCUGGAAUGUGGAAAAGCCUUCUAUCUUCUCACUUCCCUUAAUACACAUGUGAAAAAUCAAAGUCGGGAGAAACCCUAUGAAUGUAAGGAAUGUGGGAAAGCCUUUAGUUGUCCCUCGUCCUUUAGAGCACAUGUGAGAGAUCACACUGGAAAGAUCCAGUACGAAUGUAAGGAAUGUGGGAAGGCCUUUAGCCGUUCCUCAUCCCUCACUGAACACUUGAGAACUCACAGUGGAGAGAAGCCCUAUGAAUGCAAGGAAUGUGGGAAAGCCUUUAUUAGUUCUUCCCACCUGACAGUACAUGUAAGAACUCACACUGGAGAAAAACCUUAUGAAUGUAAGAAAUGUGGAAAAGCCUUUAUUUAUCCUUCAGCUCUGAGGAUCCACAUGAGAACGCACACUGGGGAGAAACCUUAUGAAUGUAAGGAAUGUGGGAAAGCCUUUCGUCAUUCUUCGUACCUCACUGUACAUGCCAGAAUGCACACUGGAGAGAAACCAUUUGAGUGUCUGGAAUGUGGGAAAGCCUUCAGUUGCCCUUCAUCCUUUCGGAGACAUGUAAGAAGCCACACUGGAGAGAAACCAUAUGAAUGUAAGGAAUGUGGGAAAGCCUUUGUUUGUCCUGCCUACUUUCGAAGACAUGUGAAAACUCACACAGAGAAAACAUAUAAUUGUAAGGAAUAUGGGAAUAUCUGCAAGGCUUUUCAAAUCUUAGGCAAUGUGUGAGAUCUCACACUGCGGAGACAUCCUAUGAUAUAAGAAAGCAUGAAAUUGUCACUCAUCUUCUUGAAGACUUUCUAGAACUCACAACUGAGAGAAACCCUGUGUAUGUAAACGAGGUGGUAAUUCCUUCAUGUCUAUCACUUAUAAGUCAAAAUUCAUAAGAAAUCCAUACUAGAAGCAAAGAUCAGUGCCUCACUGUUAAAGUGGACUGUUGGCUCAUUGAUUUCCAGUUUUUAUUUUCUGAUAUGAAUAUUUAAGGUGGUAAAUUUCCCUCAAAUACUUUUCAACUCUAACAUGUUUUAUUCUGAGGUGCUUUUAUUUUGGUUCAGAUGUAAAUGGUAUUUCCAUUACUAAGUCUUGGACCCAUGGGGAACUUGAAGUGUAUUUUUUCAUAUGCAGGCAGGAGUGGGGUUUUUUUUUUGUUUGUUUGUUUUAAUAGUUUCUGAUUAACUUUCAUUGCUCUCUAAAUACAGUCAUUAUUGUAUGGGCACUUUGGCAUUUGUAAUUUCUUUUGUAAUUGAUAAUUUCAUUUUGAUUUAGUCCAACAGAUACUGGAAAUUGCCCACCUAAUAUUUUUUUCACUUUUUUACUAAGAGAAAUCACAGUUUUUGAGGUUAUCCAUUUUUACUAUUCAAACCAUUUCUUGUCUAAUAAGUAAUUCUGCAGAAAUUACUAAGUGCAAAGGUCUUGAAAGUAGUGUCUCAUCUAAUAUGUUGUUGUUGUACUUUGUUCUUUGUCCUUGCUCAUGACUGGGAAUUGGACCCAAUGUUUCAAGAUGAAAAAGAGAUCUUGUGACAAGAAAGCCAGAAAUCAAGUUGGUUGGGCUGGUUGUGUGUGUUAAUUUGAGCAUGGCUGGGACUCCAUUUCCCAGAAUCACUUCUUCAUGCAGUUCUAGGUUGGAGUCUAAAAUAAAGAGUUUCCAUGAGACUUGGAAGGCAGAGGAUAGAGCCCAUUAUUUUUAGUUUAGUGGGGCCAUAAGACAGGGAGACAGAUGCAUAGGUACCUGAUGGACUCUAUAGUUUCCAGCUCAUUUUCCUCAUAUUGGCCCCACCAAUCAAUACUGGCUCAAAAUGGAACAUUAAGUGCUUGACUUAAGUUACCUCAGAAGCAGCAGCUCCGUAGACAUCUCUGUAAGUUCCUCCAUAAUGGCCACACACAGCUUCUUAGAUUUUCUGGCUAGUUCUAGUGGUAUCAUUUUGCUGAUAAUUACAGCCCCUCUGGCACAUCAACCGAUUAUAUAGAGUUGGCCCCAGUUUGGAACAGGAUUGUUGUCAUCUGCACAGUUCAGUUCCAUUAUUUUACUCUGCUCAAGUGGAAAGAUACAUCUGUGUAAGUCCACUGUGAUCUCAAAACAGUGAAGAUUAAGUAUAAUUGAGGUAAGCAUUGGAUAGGGUGCGAUUCCAUUUUAAUGGAGAAAGAUUUAUAUUUGACAUCUUCAAACAGGGAAGAUUUUACUGCUUUUUUAUGUGAAAGGAUGAAAGUUUGCGCGUCAGGUACAUUUAGCCACACUUUUUCCUUCCAUUAUACUUUCCCCUUAUCUCUAAACGUACAGUCCUGCGCCACAUAAGGACAUUUUGGUC